AUGGCGAGCAAUGGUAUGAUCCCUUUCCAAGUCCCAACGCUCAACAAUAGCAACUAUGACAAUUGGAGCAUCAAAAUGAAGGCCCUUCUUGGAGCGCAAGAUGUAUGGGAGAUGAUAGAGAAAGGCUACAAGGAGCCACAAGAUGAGUCAAGUUUAUCCCAAGCUCAAAAGGAUAGUCUAAGAGAUUCAAGGAAGAGAGACAAGAAGGCUCUCUAUCUAAUCUUUCAAGGAUUAGAUGAUGACUCUUUUGAGAAGCUUUCCGAUGUGAAGUCUGCCAAAGAAGCAUGGGAGAAACUUCAGACCUCUUACAAAGGAGCGGAGCAAGUCAAGAAGGUGUGUCUCAAAACAUUAAGAGGUGAGUUCGAAGCCUUACAUAUGAAAGAAGUGGAAGUUGUUUCCGACUACUUUACUAUAGUCUUAGCCGUUUCUAAUCAAUUAAAAAGAAAUGGUGAGAAGCUAGAAGAUGUAAGGAUUAUGGAGAAAAUCCUUCGUUCUCUAGAUUCAAUGUUCGAUCAUAUUGUCGUCAUUAUUGAAGAAACUAAAGACUUAGAGGCUAUGACAAUCGAGCAACUCUUGGGAUCCUUACAAGCCUAUGAAGAAAAGAAAAAGAAGAAGCAAGUUAUCACGGAACAACUCCUUAAGACACAAAUUAAUUCAGCUAAAGAAGAGGGCCUCGAGUAUGGUAGAAACCAACAAGGAAGAGGUCGUGGUCGUGGACAAAGUCGUGGUCAUGGGCGCAGACGAGGUUGGAGCUCUAAUAAUGGCAAGAAUGAUAAUACAAAUUUUGGACAAGGAGGAAGUUCGACAAGAGGUCGUGGAAGAGGAAAGCCAAGACCAAGGUAUGAUAAAUCUCAAGUGAUGUGCUACAACUGUCAAAAAUUUGGUCAUUAUGCUGCAGAAUGUAGAACUCCUAAUAACAAUAAAGUUGAAGAGAAGGCUAAUUAUGUGGAAGAGAGAAGUCAACAAGAUGGCACUUUGCUAUUGGCAUAUAAGGAGAAUGAAAAAGGUGGAGAUAACACAUGGUAUCUAGACACCGGUGCAAGCAACCAUAUGUGUGGAAAAAAGGCAUGUUCGUGGACUUGA